CCCUAGACGCGGCUGUCGGAGUCUGUAUUUCUGCUUCAGCGUGGCAGAGAUUCAGGAUUUUCUCAUAAGAGCACCGCGCGUGAUUCAUCAUCUGCACUCUUGUUGUCUCAUUUUCGCAACUGAGACAUCUCUCUACCUCGUCGUGCCCUCUCUCUUCCUCCGUCGCAAUGGCGAAUUCCGAGGUCACCUUCAUCAUGAUCAAGCCCGACGGCGUUCAACGCGGCCUUAUUGGAGACAUCAUCUGCAGGUUCGAGAAGAAGGGUUUCUUUCUCAAAGCCAUGAAGAUGGUGCAGGUUGAGAGAUCUUUCGCGGAGAAGCACUACUCCGAUCUGUCGACGAAGUCGUUUUUUGGAUCUUUGGUGGAGUACAUCGUCUCCGGACCCGUGGUCGCCAUGGUGUGGCAAGGUAAGGGAGUUGUGGCAACCGGACGUAAGAUCAUCGGAGCCACGAACCCCGCCGCGUCUGAGCCCGGAACAAUCCGCGGAGACUACUGCAUCGAAGUGAGCAGGAACAUUAUCCACGGAAGUGACGCAGUGGAGAGCGCCCAGAAGGAGAUUGCCCUGUGGUUCCCCGAUGGCAUCAUUGACUGGCGCAGCGCCAAUCACUCCUGGAUCUACGAGAACUAGGCAGUGCAAAUAUUUAUAUGUUUUGGAGAUACGUGUAAAUUGAGGUUUAGGGCUGUCCGAUGUUUGAUUCGUUUAUCACAAUUCUUGCUUCUAUCAGUACAUUAUUUUUGGAAUUCGUUUUGUCGUUUUCGGUCGGUGAAGUAGCGUGUUUGCCAUUGUUGAGAACAUAAAUUUUAGCCGGCGCUCUCCAUAAUAUUUACUGUAGAGUCUAGUGGGGAAGAACUGUUUAUCUUCUCCCUUUCUCCUCUUUCUCCUCUUGUACACGAGACACAACCAGAUCAACAGAUUUUUAUGUGUGAUGCUCUCUCUCCUUAGAAA